AUGGCGAACACGAAAUUGUUACUAUUCCUCUGUUUGGUCGCAGUCUUACUCUUUGCAACUCCUACACAUGCAUUCGGCGCCGGAAACAUUGCUUCCAUCUCAAAGGUUGAGGGCAAGAACUGGCGUCAUGGCGAUAUCGAAGAUAUGCUCAAGACGGUUGACUGCCUCAAGAAGCACAAAUGGACAUCGAUGAUGAUCAAGGUAGCUGUCGACGUCGGCACUCUCAGGGGUGUCCCUGCCAGCACCAUUCGCAUUCUUGUCUGGGUUCUUGCUUUCAUGAGCUUUGGCUAUGCCACUGGUGAAUUUGAAGUCACGGAUGAACGCCUCGGUGUCUAUCGUCCUGAAGAACACAUUGACAAUCCCAAGGUGCUCAUGGCUCAGGACUAUGCCGACAACGUUGAUGCUAGGCAGUAUGACCAACGUCUCCGUGGUCCUGUCCAACAAGAGGAACUCGCAAUUGAUCCCGAGACUGGAAUGAAGAACUACAUUGCUAAUGAACGAGGAGGCUGGGCCACUUCUUCAGGCUACGUCAGAUACAGCUUCAAGAGAGCCAUCCACUUUGGACGUUUGUACACUCAUGGCAACAACAAGGGCGACGAGAAAGACUUGUGCGAAGCACUUCGCUGUCUCGGUCAAGCCCUGCAUUGUAUGGAAGACUUCGGAGCUCAUACUAACUAUACCGAGCUUGCUCUUCGCGAGCUUGGACACAACAAUAUCUUCCCUCAUGUCGGCGCUAACACUGAAAUCAACCUCCGUGGUAAGCGAGUCUUCCCUCUGGUUACUGGAACCUUCGGUGGAGUUGAUUUCAUGCAUUCGGUUCUUGGAGAGGCCACCGAUCAUGUCACCCAGAGUGAGGUUGAUGAGAUGCAAAGUGCACUGAACAACGCAUCGGCUGAAGGAAAGCGCUCAGGAUCUGGCCCGUCAGGCGAAGUCUCCGGUCUGGUCAACUUGUUAUCAAAGGUACCUGGCACAAGUUCUCUAUGCCAGGAAGCUGUCCGUCUGCAAUCCGAAUCUGAUCAGUACGCUGCUCAGAACGCCGGUGCUGGUGCUCGUGGCUUUGAUGAUGGCGGCUACAGUCAGGACCGUGCCUGGAACCCGGUUGCCUCUGCCAACAACACUGCCGACCCCCAGGCAAUCAUCGCCAAAAUCUAUCCCAUUCUUGUCUUCCGUGACAAUGUUGUUCGUAGCAUCAGUAACAUCGUUUCCAAGAUCCCUGGUCUGGAGAGUCUGAUUGAAAAGAUCACCGAGAAGGUCACAUUGACUGUUAUGGGCCUGCUUGCGCCUUACAUCACUCCUCUGAUUGCCGCUGCUUCGAACAGUCUCAAGCAGGGUAGCAGCAGUGUUGUCGACGCCAGUGGCAAGCAUCAGUACGAAGUUUGGACCGACCCUUCCAGUACUGAUCCUACCCACUCUCUGCUCUCCAAGGACCAUUUCAGCAACAUUCUCAACGAACCAGCUGGUAAGGUUGCUGCUUGUAUCCUGCAAUAUGUCGCACCUCGCGUCAUCUAUGCUUUCGACCAUCCUGAUGUGCCCGAGGACGAGGUUCUCAACGAUGUCCUUCGCGCCUUCCACCACCCUGCAAUCCGCGAUCACCACUGCGAGAUCCAAAAGAGCAUGUUUGCAGUUGUCGAGAACUGGGCUCGUUCCCGUCCAGGCGGCGGCCACGAUCUUGACAGACUUCUCAGCUCCGAAAGUGUAAAAGCUGGACACAACCACACCGGCGGUGCAAACCCUCAUCUACACUCGCACGGCGGGCCUGGAGAUAUGCAAAAUGUCUUCGGCAUGGGUCACCCUCAACGUGGCAUGGACGCCUCUGGUACACCUGAUCAUUCGGCUUACAGCCAACCAUCACAACCCGGCUGGGGAGCUCCUUUACCUGCUGGAUACAAUCAGCAGUAUCAACAACCUUACCAGCCUCCUGCUCCUGCAGGCUUCGCCAACAAUGACCCAUACGCUUAUCCUAGUGCUUAUCAGCAGGGCUAUGAGAUUCCUUACGGUGGUGGUGCACCUCCUCCCGGACCUCCUCAGCAGUUUGGCGGUCAGUAUGAUGCCCCGCCGCAUGGGCAGUAUGGUGGCUAUGACCAACACCACGGACACGGUCAAGGUCCUCCACCUGGUCAAGGACACUCGUCUGGCUAUUAUCAAGGGGGAGGCUAUUGA